UGUGAGGGAGGCGAGAACAUGGCGGAAGCGGAGUGAAGGAUUCUAAGCAGAAGAAAGUGGUAUGAAUUUGAACCAUGUGUAUUUUUUUAAUAUCUUGCUCAGAGGCAGAAUCAUUCCACAACUAUGGAGAAUGAAUCAAGUGCGACAACUUCUUCCACAUGCACAACAACCAUUGCUACUACAUCUUCCCCCUCCCGUACACAGCCACCCCAGAUAUCUGUCUACAGCGGCUCAGAUCGACAUGCUGUGCAGGUCAUUCAGCAGGCCUUGCAUCGUCCCCCCAGCUCAGCUGCACAAUACCUUCAGCAGAUGUAUGCAGCUCAGCAGCAGCAUCUAAUGUUACAAACUGCAGCUUUGCAACAGCAGCAUUUGAGCAGUGCUCAGUUCCAGAGUUUGGCCAGUGUCCCACAGGCAAAUCUUUCAGGUGGGAGGCAGUGUGCUUCUCCUAAUGGCAGUGCCUCUCAGCAGUCAAGCAUGUCAGAAACCUCGAUUAAUCUCUCUGCUUCUCCUACACCUGCACAGCUAAUAAGUCGUUCACAGACCUCCAACACUAGUAGCAGCAGUCUUACCCAGCAGACCAUGCUAUUAGGGAGCACUUCCCCUAAUUUGACUGCCAGUCAAGCUCAGAUGUAUCUCCGAGCUCAGAUGCUGAUUUUUACGCCUGCUACCACUGUGUCAGCUGUCCAGUCUGACAUUCCUGUUGUGUCGUCAUCAUCUUCGUUUCCCUGUCAGUCUGCAGCUACUCAGGUCCAGAAUUUGACUUUGCGCAGCCAGAAGCUGGGUGUAUUGUCUAGUUCUCAAAAUGGGACUCCAAAAAUCUGUAGUCAACCCCAGACAUUAGCUGUGUGUCCUAGCAAACCUAUAACCAGUGCCAAAGCCAGCCAGUCAGAUCUUCUAGAAAGCAAAAGGAAAGGAGACAGCCCAAAUGCUGAGCCUCGAAGUCCAGCUGUUACCCGUACAUCAAGCAUUCAUCAAUUAAUGGCACCAGCCUCAUAUUCUCCGGUGCAACCUCAUUCCCUGUUAAAACAUCAGCAGCCUCCUCUUCACUCACCACCUUCAAAGAUUUCUCACCAUCAGUUAAUCUUUCAGCAGCAGCAAGUUCAACCAAUCACACUCCAGCUGCCUCCCACCCAGGAAGCCCCUCCAUCCCAGCACUGUGCACCCCUUCAGAGCCAUUCUCUGACUCCAGAUCCCACCAGUACCCCAUCCCAGCACUGCACUCCUGUCCAUGUCCAUCCUCCUCCCCUUUCUCCAACCCCAUCCCCAUCCUCACAGCAAUCUGUGGUAGUAUCCCCACCACCACCCACAUCACCCAGCCAGUCCCCAAGUAUAAUUAUCCACCCCCAAACUCUUCUUCAGUCACAGCCACAUCCACUGACAUCGUCAGCACUCCAGUCAGAGCAUAACUCAGUGCAGGCUGAUGACAGUCCGACAGAAUCAGUAUCACAGUCCGCUACCCUUCCUCCCCAGUUGUCACCUUCCCCAGUUGUACACGUUGGACCGACAGAUCAUCCUUCCAUGCUGUCCCCCAGCCAACAGAUAACUUCGCCAUCAUCUCAUCAACAGUACCCAGCUUUGCAGCCAGUGCCAGUUCCACUUGCAGCCUCUCCACAGCUGUCAUCAGCGCCAACCCACACUCAGCAGAUGCCCCUUCCUCCUGUUCCAUCUUUGCAAGUCCAGCCUGAACUUUUGUCCCAAGAUCAGGUUUUGGUACAAAAUACCUUAGUUUCUGAAGAGGAGCUUCCUGCUGCUGAAGCUUUGGUCCAGCUGCCACUUCAGACUCUUCCGCCUCCCCAAACAGUUGCAGUAAACCUCCAAGUGCAACAAGCAGUACCCAUUGAAACCCCAGUGCUUUAUCAAGAAGAAGAUAUAUGUGAAGAUGAGAUGCCUGAGGACUCAGAUGGUGUUCGUAUGGCUAGGACUCCCACCCCACCAACGCUGUCACCACCAGCUAUAACCUUGAGAAACAGAGAAGAACUUACUUACGAGGAGCCUUUUCCAGAACAAGAGGGACAUCCUUCAAUGGCCUCAUCAGUCAGCGCAUCUGUAAUUAAAUCACCAUCAGACCCUUCACAUGCCUCUAUUCCACAGCCACCUCUUUUGCUUCCAGCAGUUGCAACAAGAACUAACAGUGCAUCAAUGUCCAAUAGAAACCCUAGUAUUGAAAACAAACUUCCACAGGCUAUCGUUAAACCACAAAUCCUGACUCAUGUUAUUGAGGGCUUUGUGAUCCAAGAGGGUUUAGAACCAUUUCCUGUAAGUUGUUCAUCUCUUCUGGUUGAGCAGCCUGCAAAAAAGAGACUCUUGUUGGAGGGGCAAGUUGUGAAUGUUAUGUGUGUUGAACCAGAGCUUCAGAACAAUGCAAAACAUGCAGACAACUCCUCGGACACUGAGCUGGAGGACAUAAUUACUGAAGAGGGGCUAGAUGAGAUGGAAACAGAUCUCCUUAAGUGUGAGUUUUGUGGGAAAAUGGGGUACGCAAACAAGUUCCUGAGGUCGAAACGAUUCUGCACCAUGUCCUGUGCUAAGAGGUAUAAUGUGAGUUGCAGUAAGAAAUUUGGAUUAUAUGCAUCGGACAAGAGCAGCCGUUGGAGCCGUAGUCCAGAUAGUCAAAGCCUUGGGCGACGAGGGCGGCGGCCAAGUGGCACUGAUGGAGGUCCAAGAGAACACUUCCUUAGACAGCUACCAAUUACUUAUCCAUCUGCAGAAGAAGACUUGGCCUCUCAGGAAGACAACGUGCCAGUUGCCAUGACCACUCGCCUGCGAAGGCAAAGUGAGAGAGAAAGGGAGCGUGAGCUUAGGGAACUGAGAAUUCGGAAAACAGCAGACAACAUGGAUUUGUUGCCAGCCUUGCAGUCUGUUCCAUCAGUAUGGACCGUUGAAGAUGUUUGGGCCUUCAUCCAUUCUUUGCCUGGUUGUCAAGAUAUUGCGGAUGAAUUUCGAGCCCAAGAGAUCGAUGGGCAGGCUCUUCUCUUAUUAAAAGAGGAUCAUCUCAUGAGUGCAAUGAAUAUUAAGCUAGGACCUGCGCUAAAAAUCUGUGCGCGGAUCAACUCUUUGAAGGAAUUGUAGUGGAAAACCAAGGCUUAAACCACAGAUUUAAAUAGACUUGUAAAGUAAUAAGCCAACAUCUCAGUGUUCGAUGCAAUUAUUACUGCUUUGCUUUGCUAAGCACUUUUUUCCACAUGAAAACUAUUGGGGGAGCAUUUUUAAUAUGAUCUUCCAGACUUUCCAGCUAUUCAGGAAGCUAUAAGCUGUGCUGGUUUAAAAUGAUUUAGUGAAAACCAGAGUGAGGUAGUGUCAGUGGGAAGCUCUAGGAAGUGUAUGUAAUACGUUGUGGGUGAUGCUUAUUCCAAGAAGGCAAUUAUUUACCAUACAAGAAUUAAGCUUUUUUUGAAUAUAUAACCUUGAUUCCAGUUUUACAUUGUGUUUCUAUACACUUUUUCCUUUAUAGAAAGCUUUUACAAAUACAGAUUAACAGAAGAGUCCACAGAGUCUGUGGAAGCAUUGACUAUGGUAAAAUGCUAUGCAUUUAAUUGUGCUCAUUGGGUUUCAGUUAAUCUUGAGCAUAAGGUUUGAAGAGAAGCUGUAGUUCACCUUCUCUUCUUUCUCAAUCCUACAGCUCACCCACCAUUAUUCCAUUUCCUUUAAGUGCGGAAGCUUUUCUGUAAACACGUGAGAUAUUCUGGGAAUUCUGCAAACCUUCCACCAUUAGAAAUAUUGAUCUUAUGGAUCACAUGUGGCCUCCUUGCCAGUUUAAGCAGAACCCCCACCAGUGUCUAGAUUUUUUUUGUUCCUUAAAUUGGGCAACGGGGAGGGAUGAAUGAGUGGAGCUCCAGACUGAGCCUGAUGCACUAGUAAAGCUGCAUGGCACACUUUCUAGGUCACUGUUUCUCAACCUUGGCAACUUUAAGACGUGGGGACUUCAGCUCCCA